AUGUCCCACUUCAACACCGUAACAUCUCAUGACCAAUCGAGGUCGUCAGAGAAAAUUUCAGAUACGGAUGUCUGCCAUGUUUGUGCAUCACCCCAGGCCGCCUCGCCCCAUUUUGGAGCUAUCUCGUGUCUGGCGUGUGCGGCUUUCUUCCGGCGAACCGUCUCACUUAACAUCACAUUUAUAUGCAAAGCCGAAAAGAAAUGCCGAAUCUACUAUGAGCUUCGCAUGAUCUGCCGUGCUUGUCGAUAUGAUAAAUGUCUGCGAGCUGGGAUGAGGAGAGAAUGCGUGCAGAAAAAGCGUCCACCAAAGCCAGGAAAGAGGAUAAAGCCGGAGAUGGACGAUGAUGAACUAUAUGAACAACAAUUCCCACGAGUCGUCGACGAUGCGCCAGGUCCCUAUAUCAAAAAGGAGGUUUUAAGCCCGAUGAGCGCCGUGGAUGAGCCAAAAACGGUCGAAUAUUCACAAGAAAUUCGUUUUGAAUGCCCGGCAUCUGCAUCUUCUUCACUCGACUCAUAUGAAGAACGCUCACUUCAUUCGUCGCCUUCUGCGUCCUUUGAGCGAGCGUCUCAACCUUCGACUUCUCGGCCAACCGACCGAACGUACGAGGGGCGACUUAGAGCUCGAAAUUUGCGUGACUGGACGGGGCGAAAGUUGCUUGCGCAUUAUCUUGAAGAGGAGCAACACGCAAUGGAUGCGCGACGCGUCAUGUACAGCGAAGCCCCGUUGGUGGCUAUGGUCCAAACCACUGGAGAUAUCCCAUUCUCGCGCAACACCUUGGCCGCCCACACUCUAUCUCGUCAACGCUACACUAUCCAAUUUGAGCAUUUCCUCUCCUUCCAAUAUGCGCGUCGACUUCCCGGCUUUCACUUGCUGAGCAAGGAUGAGAAGGCUCAUCUUUAUAAAUCCUGCGCUUUGGGAUUCAGUGUAUUGGAUAUGGCAUGGAUGACCGUCAAGCUCAGAGAACCCACGGAUCGAAUGCUAAUUUUUACCGAUGGCACAUAUUCCGAUUUGAGCAAUUACGUGGUAGGAUGGGAAGACGAACCCGGAUUAAUCACUGGAGACGCCAAAAAACAACUGUUCCUCGAAUUCAACGAGCGAAUCUUUACCGAACUGAUCAUGCCGAUGUCAGAACUGGAUCUACGAGAUUUCGAAUAUGCUUCGCUAAAAGCUCUAACCGCCUGGAGAGUUUGGUAUCUACAAUUUACGAAUACACUCCAAGACUUGGCGAAGGAGCAUGAGAAGUUGAUUCUCGAUGGAUUAAUCGAAAUGUAUAGGGAGCGCAAUGAGCAGGAUUUUGCGACCAGAAUGGGCUCCAUUCUCCUCCUGAUAGGAACAAUUUCGGUAAGCAACAAUCAAGCGUUC